UUCCUAACCCAGGUGUAACGAUCUCACUGGUGUAGCGAAUGGAGCAGAUGGGAGUCCCGCGGGAGCCCCGCCCGGCCGGCCAGCUUGCACUGCGGCCCCUGGCUGCUUCCUGCAGGCGUUAACUGAUGCCGGACUCAUUACCCCGUUCCUGCCGCACCCGCGGGGCUUGCUCUGCACUUUCCUGCCUGGAGCCCCCACCUGGGCUGCCUUGGGCACCAGCUCAAGUAGCCCCCACACUGUGGGCGUGGGGUGGGCCGCCCUGAGAGCUCAGCCCACAGUCAGUGGCUGCUGUGCUGGUGGGGUGAAAAUGCGCAUGUAAAAUGCAGGGUCAGCUCAGCAGGAGUCUUUGGGCUGCCAGACCCAUCAUCUAAAACUGGGUCAUGAAGGUGCUGGGAAGAAACUGCUUCUGGGUGGUGUUCCCCUUACUCCUCCCGGUGGCCAGUGCUGCAGAGCACGAGGAGGUAGCGAAGCAUGCCAUCAAGUUACACCGGGGCAGAGGGGCGGCCAUCACGCAGAGGGGGCAGUGGGUCCUGGAUGGCUGCAGAAAGCUCUCUGGGCUUCUUCGCCAGAAGGCUGUGGUUCUUAACAAACUGAAAAAUGCCAUCAGAGCAGCGAAAAAAGACGUGGGCCUAUCGGAUGAAGAGAAACUGUUUCAGGUGCACACAUUUGAAAUUUUCCAAAAAGAGCUGAAUGAAAGCGAAAAUUCAGUCUUCCAGGCUAUCUAUGGACUCCAGAGAGCCCUACAGGGGGAUCACAAAGACGUGGUGAACAUGAAGGAGAGCAGCAGGCAGCGCCUGGAGGCCUUGAGAGAGGCUGCGAUCAAGGAAGAAGCAGAGUAUGUGGAACUCCUGGCAGCAGAAAAACAUCAGGCUGAGGCCCUUGAACGCGUGCGGCGUCAGAACAGAAGCUUGUCCGUGCUCGAUGGGGUUCUCGAGGACGUAAGAAAGGCGGCAGAUCGCUUAGAGGAGGAGAUAGAAGAGCAUGCUUUUGAUGACAAUAAGUCAGUCAAAGGAGUCAAUUUUGAGGCUGUUCUGAGGGUGGAGGAAGAAGAGGCCAAUUCUAAACAAAAUCUCACGAAACGGGAAGCAGAGGACGGCUUGGGUCUCAGCAUGCUCAUCGACUCUCAGAACAACCGGUACAUCUUGACCAAGCCCAGGGACGCCACGAUCCCGCGGGCGGACCGCCACUUCAUCAAGGACAUUGUCACCAUAGGAAUUUUGUCUUUGCCUUGUGGCUGGCUGUGCACGGCAGUAGGACUGCCCACAAUGUUUGGUUACAUCAUUUGCGGUGUCCUCCUGGGGCCUUCAGGACUAAAGAGCAUUACGUCUGUUGUCCAAGUGGAAACAUUAGGAGAAUUUGGUGUGUUCUUCACUCUUUUUCUUGUUGGCUUAGAGUUUUCCCCAGAAAAGCUGAGGAAGGUGUGGAAGAUAGCCUUGCAAGGACCGUGUUACAUGACUCUGUUAAUGAUCGCAUUCGGCCUGUUGUGGGGACACCUUUUACAGAUCAGACCUGCUCAGAGCGUCUUCAUUUCUACCUGCUUGUCCUUGUCAAGCACACCCUUGGUGUCCAGAUUCCUCGGGGGCAGUGCUCGGGGUGAAAAAGAAGUAGGUGACAUCGACUACAGCGCCGUGCUGCUUGGAAUGCUCGUGGUGCAGGACGUCCAGCUGGGCUUGUUCAUAGCUGCCAUGCCAACUCUGAUCCAGGCAGGUGCCAGCACACAUGCCAGCGUUGCCAUGGAGACGCUGCGAGUACUGGCGUUGGCCGGCCAGAUUCUCUUCUCGCUGGCCGCUGUCUUUCUCUUCUGUCUCGUCAUAAGGACUUACCUCGUGGGGCCGUGUUACCGGAAGCUGCGUGCGGAGAGCGGCGGGAGCAAAGAGACCCUUGUCUUGGGAACCACUGCUUUCAUCUUCCUGCUUUUGACGGUCACAGAGCGGCUGGACGUCUCCAUGGAGCUGGGCUGCUUCCUGGCUGGGGCCCUCGUGUCCUCCCAGGGUCACAAGGUCACUGAGGAGGUCGUGUCUUACAUCGAGCCCAUUCGAGACUUCCUGGCCAUCGUGUUCUUCGCAUCUAUAGGCCUCCACGUGUUCCCCACGUUCGUGCUAUACGAGCUCACCAUCCUGAUGGCGCUCACUUUGUUGGUGGUGGUCAUGAAGUUUGUCCUGGCGGCGCUGGUCUUGUCUCUCCUCCUGCCGAAGACCAGCCAGUAUAUCAAGUGGAUCGUGGCCGCAGGCCUGGCCCAGGUCAGCGAGUUCUCCUUCGUCCUGGGGAGCAGAGCGCGCAGAGCAGGCAUCAUUUCUCGGGAGGUGUACCUCCUGAUCCUCAGUGUGACCACGCUCAGCCUGUUGCUGGCCCCAGUGCUGUGGAGGGCUGCGAUCACAAAGUGUGUGCCGCGGCCAGAGAGGCGGUCGAGCCUCUGAGCACCAGGACAAGGAGAGGCUUCGCAGGGCAAAGCUGUGUGUGGGAUGGGGGUGAUGCGACGGCUUGGCCGUGGCCAUUUCUGCUCCUUCUGCAUCGUGAACACAGCGCUCUACCUGGGGGUGGCUGCGUGUCUGCCUGGCUUUACAAACUGUCCCUGCCGUAUUUUAGAACCUUCCGGAGUAAUUUAUUGCAUUCGACUGAUCAUGCACAGUAUAAAUGUAACACUGCAUUUUACAGAUCGCCUUGACUAUUUCGCCUGGAUGUGCCUUUUUUUCUGAAAUUAAUGUCAACUUUAUAUUGUUACGUCUUCAGUUAAUGAUUUUUUUGGUGAAGAAAAAUAAUUAGUUUUUUAAUUUAUUGUACAAUUUUAGUGUUGUAAUCUGUUGGUAUUUGUUAUUAAACAGUUCUGUCAUGUGAGAUCUUAACUCUGGCAGUGAGUUUGGGAAGUUACUUUGAAUCUCAAAGCUUAUGUUUUCUAAAAUGAGAAAUACCUUCUGAAUGUCUUUUUUAUUAUAACAAUUUUAAAUAAAACACUCGUUGAUUUUUAUUAGGUAUAUCAUUCUUUUCAAUAUUUGGUUUUGAAUCACAAGAAUAUACGUUCACUAAUAAAAAUCAUUUAUGAUCAGAAUGUAA